AUGGUCAAGUGUAGCACACUCAAAGCAAAAGGAAAGGCGUGCCUGCGAGUGUUGAAAAACGCCGUCGUUUCACUCGGCCAUGACGACGCGGGACUCGGAGGUUCUGAAUUGGCACUACGACACGGAGCUCGACGACCAAACCAUCGAACUCCGCGGCCGCAAGAUCUUCUUCAUCGCCGUCCUCUUCUCCAUCAUCCUCCUAUUCACGGCGCUCUUCCUCUUCGCGCGCCGGAUCUGCCGCCACAGCCACGCCCUCGCCCUCCUCCCGGACGCCGCCCUGCCGGCGGCAGCGGUGCAGCAGCGGCAGGGCCUGGACGGCGGCGCCAUCAAGAGGCUCCCGAUCAUCCUGCACCAGGGCGCGGCGGCGGAGGAGACGGAGACGGAGACGGAGUGCUGCAUCUGCCUGGGCGCGUUCGUGGACGGCGAGAAGCUGAAGGUGCUCCCCGGGUGCGACCACAGCUUCCACUGCGAGUGCGUCGACACGUGGCUUGCCAAUCACUCCAAUUGCCCUCUCUGCAGAGCUUCGCUCAAACUCGAUUCCUCGUUUCCUAGGAUUUUGAUCCAAGCGCCACCCUUUGCUGCUACUCUCCCUGCACUCUGAUCUCAUCUAUCUUCUCUCUCUUUUUUUAGUAACACUACUUCACUUCCUUUCCAUUUUUUUUCUUUUCACCUGUAAAUCGCUGUUAGAACCAACAAGGAUUUUUCAUACUUUGCACC